UACCCUCCAUUUAGAAUCGGAAAUAAAACUAAUUUGCAAACAUGGCUUUGUGUUCAUGUAUGAAAUUUCAUCUGGUAUUAUACGGAGUAUUAGUCAUUUUAAUGAACAUAUUCGUGCACAGAGUACCGCCACCGUCUUCACGAUCAACAGCGGCAACAUCAAGCCAGGCAUGUCCUGACACAAAUAACCAAUCUACUCAGACUACAAUACCUCCAAUAUCAAACGGAAGACGUUCAACGGACCUCAACAGUCAGAACAACACAACUUUCGAUAAUAGUGAGCCAGCAAAUGUUGUUGAGGACAGCUGGAGCCAAACUUGUCCUGACACAAAUAACCAAUCGACUCAGACUACAACACCUCCAAUCUCAAACGGAAGACGUUCAACUGAUCUCAACAGUCAGAACAACACGACUUUCGAUAAUAGUGGGCCAGCAAAUGUUGUCGAGGACAGCUGGAGCCAAACUUGUCCUGACACAAAUAACCAAUCGACUCAGACUACAACACCUCCAAUCUCAAACGGAAGACGUUCAACUGAUCUCAACAGUCAGAACAACACGACUUUCCAUAAUAGUGACCACCCAGCAAAUGUUGUUGAGGACAGUUGGGACGUGAUUAAUCACGCAGACUAUAGUUCCUGGUCAUUUCGUUAAAUAUCUGUAACAAGCCAGUGAAUAAAGCCAAUUGCUAUUCUAGAGCCAAGUGUAGAAUAUGCGUCGG